GGGAGCGGCCCCGGAGCGGACGGUGCGCCCGGCGCUGCCCCGCACCGCGCUCGAGGGAGGGGCCGCUCCCAUGGAGGCAUUCCCGGGCACCAAGCUGGAGCAGCACCGACACCUCCCGCCCGUGGAGUGCCUGCCGGGCGCCCGCUACGGCGGCCGGAGCCACAGCGCCUGUGGGAACGUCUUCAACUCUUGGAACGACUACCUGGGGCUGGCCACGCUCAUCACCAAAGCCGUGAGGCCCGGCAAGGGCUUCGGCGCCGAGCCCCCCUCGGUGGUGGUGGCGGCCGCCGUGCCGCCGGCCGAGGAGGAGGAGGAAGAGGAGGAGGAGGAGGAAGAGGCGGCGGGGCCGUACUUCGAGGGCGCGCUGGACUUGCACGACCUGGAGCUGUGCGGGCAUCACCAUCACCACCACCACCACGGCGAGGGGCUGCUGGAGGAGCGCUUCGCCGACUUCAGCCCCUUUCCCGGGCGCGGCGGCCCCGCCGCCGUGGUGUUGGACUGCUCGGGGGAGCACCCGGGCCGGGAGGGCUCCGCCUGGGGCGGCGUGGUGGUGGCGGGGCGGCUGCCGGCGCACCCGCGGGCCGCCUCCCGCCUGCUCAAGCCCGAGCUGCAGGUCUGCGUCUUCUGCCGGAACAACAAGGAGGCGGUGGCUCUCUACACCACGCACAUCCUCAAGGGACCCGACGGCCGCGUCCUGUGCCCGGUGCUGCGGCGCUACACCUGCCCCCUCUGCGGCGCCAGCGGUGACAAUGCCCACACCAUCAAGUACUGCCCCCUCUCCAAAGUGCCGGCGGCCCGGCAGCUCCGGCACGCCCGGACCGCCCUGGGCAGGAAGGGCCGCUAGCCCGGGACCCGCGGGGCUCGCCCC